AAUACGGAACGGUUCGCUCUUAGCUCUUUACUCUAUAUCUACUGCUACAUUAUUGUAGCUUAGCAACCUGGUUAGCUAGCUGAUACCUGUGGGCUAAGAGUACCAGUUCCGGCUUAUGUAUCGAACUAACAAAUGAACUCUGAAACUGAGAUCUGAGUGGGAUUUUAUAGGCUUAGUUACUGACACGACAUGAAGCUGACUGUUUAAUCAGAUCAGAUGUUGUUGGAGUCACUAAAGCACUUGGCUGGAAAAUCUAACUUGAGCUGCGUUUGAUUAGCACGUUAGUAAUAAUCAUAAUAGUUUUUAAACCAGCUGUUUAGUUCAAGCACCGCUUAAUCUUUAGGCGAAGGGUGGCAUGGCGAAGCCGUCCUUUCUGGUGAAGCCGGUGUCCGUGACUAAGAUACCCGGUCGUUAUCUGGCUCAUCAGGAGUCUCUCCCAAAGCUUCCAGUGCCUCCACUGAAACAGACAUGUGAUAGAUACCUAACCGCUUUGGAACCUAUAGUGGAUGAAGAGCAGCUGAAACACACGCGCAGACUCUUGGAGGAGUUCCAGCUGCCCGGUGAAGUGGGAGAAAGAUUGCAGAAAAGCCUGGAGAGGAGGGCAAGCAAGCUGGAAAACUGGCUCUCUGACUGGUGGUUAAAGACUGCAUAUCUGGACUACCGAAUGCCUGUGGUUGUCCACUCGAGUCCUGGAGUCGUCCUUCCUCGCUUAGAAUUUAAUGACCAUCUAGGUCAAAUAAGGUACGCAGCCUCAUUGAUUGCAGGGGUUCUGGAUUUCAAAACCAUGAUUGACAAUCAAACGUUACCAGUGGAGUAUCUUGGUGGAAAGCCACUGUGUAUGAAUCAGUAUUAUCAGAUUCUGUCCUCUUGCCGCAUUCCCGGGAUAACAAGUGACUCUGUGGUGAAUCACGCUUCGAGCAGCAGACCUCCUACUUACAUCACCGUAGUGCGCAACUUCCAGUUCUUUGUGUUGGAUGUAUACCACAAUGAUGGCACUCCGCUGACCGUGGAUCAGCUCUACACUCAGCUGGAGAAAAUCUGUAACUCUUCCCCGCAGCCCAGCGAGGACCCGAUCGGCAUCCUCACCUCCAAUCAUCGCGACAGCUGGGGCAAAGCCUACGCCAACCUCAUUAAAGAUAGAAAAAAUAAGGAGUCCGUGCAGAAAAUUCAGACAAGCAUCUUUAUAGUGUGUCUGGACUCUCCAAUGCCACGGGUCGCAGACAAGAUGUACCAUACUCGAGCAGCUUUACAGAUGCUGCAUGGAGGAGGCAGCCAAUGGAAUAGUGGAAACCGCUGGUUUGAUAAAACACUUCAGUUUAUCAUUGGUGAAGAUGGGACAUGCGGUCUGAUCUACGAACACGCCCCUGCAGAAGGUCCUCCAAUCGUUGCGCUGAUUGAUCAUGUGGUGGAGUAUACAAAGAAGUCAGAGAUGAUUUCUUCCCCCCUGGCUCCUCUUCCUGUGCCCCAGAAACUGCGCUUCAACAUCACACCAGAGAUUAAAAGCGACAUUGAGGAGGCCAAGCAAAACAUGAAUUUAAUGGUUCAUGAUUUGGAUGCGAAAGUCGUUGUGUUCACCCACUUUGGUAAAAAUGUUCCAAAGUCAUACAAGAUGAGUCCUGAUGCUUUUAUUCAGGUGGCUCUACAGCUGGCAUAUUACAGGAUGUAUAAGCGUUGCUGUGCCACCUACGAGAGUGCCUCUCUGCGAAUGUUUAAACUUGGCCGAACAGACACCAUUCGCUCAGCAUCCAUUGACUCUGCCAACUUUGUCCGAGCCAUGGAUGACCCUGUCAAGCAGCACCCAGAGAAGGUGACCCUGCUGGAGAAGGCAGUGAAGGCACACAGAGCGUACACAGACAUGGCGAUCCAUGGACAAGCCAUCGACAGACAUUUGCUUGGCCUGAAGCUGCAGGCUGUUGAAGAGUUGUCUGUCCUACCAGAAAUCUUCAAGGACAAGUCUUAUGCCUCAGCAAAUCACUAUAAACUUUCCACCAGCCAGGUCCCAGCUAAGACCGACUGCGUGAUGUGUUUUGGCCCAGUUGUGCCCGAUGGCUAUGGGGUUUGCUACAACCCCAUGGAGAAACACAUUAACUUUGCAGUGUCUUCUUUUAACAGCUGUGCAGAUACCAGUGCCACUCACCUGGCCCACGCUCUCGAGGGUGCUUUGCUGGAUAUGAAGAGGCUGCUGGAUCAGACACUCAAAUCCAAGCUGUAAAUGAAGUGAAACUCACUACUGACUCUGUGGCCAUUUCAUUGAAGUAUUGAGAGGACAUUAAGUCCAAGCUGAAUAACUUUUCAUGAACAGUAUGCCAGUCAUUUUGCACGGAGCCAUUGUUUGGAAUAAUAAGACUUUUUUAUUAGGUUUUACUGCCCUGGUGACUAAAGUAGUCACUUGAAGCAGAUGGCACUUAAUUGUUUUGUUUUUUCCUCAGAAGUAGGAAUAAAAUAACUCAUAAAAUUUCAAACAAAUUUAACAAAACUCUUAAGAGACUACUGGCAUUCAUUCAUUUCAUCCUUUGUACAAUAGAGCUAACAGCUGUUUAAUUUCUUUUUUUCCUAUUGAUUUAAUUUUUAAAUCUUAAAACCUAAGUAGGAUUUUAAAUGUCAUUAUUUACCACUAUGCCAAUUUUGUGUGCGCAUAUGUAUAGAGAGCGUAUAUAGAUGUGAAAUUUAACUUAGCGAAUCAGAUUAUUACUAUAUACUUUAAUAAUGAGCCAGAAUGAUGUUUUUUGACCUAUGUGCACAAUGAUUUGCACAGACUGUAAAUUAUUUAACAUUCUUGUUAUAGCGAGUACCAUGUACUGUAUUUAGAGAUUGUAAUCGCUACAGCACUGCAUAAACAACUUUUAUUUUAUUUUUGUAAUUAAUGUGUAACUUGUAACUUCUACAAGUGCUGAAAUAGUUAGUUCUCUGCAACAAUUAAUUUCUAAUAUUCAUUCUUAUGUUCAGCAAUAAACGAAGUU